UGCAGGAACUUGGAGGGGUCAGUGCUUCGUCACUGUGUCGCGGGCUUCCUUUCUCGGCCCCAAAACUUCUUUUUCUUCUUCCUUUCCUUGUUUCAUGUCCAUCCUCUGUCCUUUUCCCCUUUGAAUUUCCUGCUGUAUCUUUCACAUCUCUCUACUUUCGUUCUUCUUGUUUUCAUUUUCCUUUCGUACAUUUCCUACAAACCUGACUCUCGCUUAUCCUUGUACUCUACCCGCUUUGACACCCACGACGCUCGUCCCUCUUCCACCACAAGCGCCAGCAUCGUCAAAGCGCAGGACGCCUGAAAUCUCUAUACAGAUUGCCGCCAGCCAGUUAUUCCCGACAUACCGUUACCUCUCGACCGCAUUACAAACAUCCCAGUCUCCCUCCCAGCACAAGCGAGACAACUUUCAACCAAGGCAUCCCAACCCUCUCGCCCUGUCGAUCCAAGUCGCAAUCUGAGACUUGCAGCCCCAAUUGGUCCCGAAGGGCGCCGUGUGCUGAGCAACUGGGCCCUUUUAUCAAAUGGUCACUUUCUCCUCCCCACGAGCAUCUCAACGAUCCGGCUUCCACGCUCUCGACGGUGGUGCAGACGAAAUGACCGAGAGAGACAUCCCUUUGACCACGGUCAGGAGCGCCGCCUCCACGGGCUCUCGAAUGCCCAACCAGACAAUUAACCGUUUAAACUCUGCGUAUGACGCUAGUUCCUCCACGACAGAAGAAAAGAGCACCGGCUCUAUCUUACACAAGCACGCCGGCAAGCGAAAAAAGGUUGAGCGCCUCUCUCGCAAGGGCACUGGCGACUCUGUCGAGGUCAAUGCUCUGGGAAGGCUGUACCGUCGUGUUGUCAGCUCAUCUCCCGUUGUUCGCAACUUGGUUUACAUAAUCCCUAUCGGCAUUUUUAUCGCGAUCCCAAUCAUCAUUCUCGUCCACGGCGGGGCUAAAUUGAAUCGAGACAGUCAAGAAGAUACAAAGGACGGUGACAGCGUUGCAAAAGAUGGUCCAACCGCCCUCCGUAUUCUCGUAUGGGUUGAGAUAUGGUGGCUAUCCCUCUGGGUCGGUAAACUUGCCGCCUGGCUGUUGCCGAAAGUCUUCAUGUUCCUCUGCGGCAUCGUUAGUGCUGGCGUUCGAAAGUAUGCCACUGUCCUCAAAAACCUCAAGAUCCCGCUCUCCCUCUUCUUUUGGGGCUUGGCAUCCUUCAUCUCCUUCGACCGAAUCUUCACGGAUGCCUUGAAUAUCGAAAACAAUCCUGUUAAAGGCUUGUACGGUCCGACCCCGUGGGUCGUUGCUGUAGACCGCGUUCUCAAGGCUCUUUUUGGUUGCAGCGGUGUCCUCCUGGCAGAAAAGGCUUGGGUGCAAAUCAUUGGCGUGACAUAUCACCAGCGCUCCUUUGCGAACCGUAUCAAGGAUUCAAAGCACGAAAUUCGUCUGCUUGGUCUGCUCUACGAAGCCUCCCGCACACUAUUCCCCAUGUAUUGCACCGAAUUCGCUGAAGAAGACUACAUCAUUGAUGAUAGCAUUGAAAUGAUGCUUCGCAAGAAAUCUGGACACCAUAAAAGAACUGGAUCCGCUACACCCAUGAAACUGAUUGGUGAUGUCUCGCGCCUUGGUGGUAAGGUAACAUCCGCUUUUGGCAACGUCGCGUCUGAGAUUGCUGGAAAGCAAGUCUUCAACCCGCACUCGGCGCAUUCCAUCGUCAUUGAGGCCCUUGAGAAGCGCCUGCCUUCCGAAGCUCUGGCUCGUCGAAUCUGGCUCUCUUUUGUCUGCGAGGGCCGCGAUGCUCUGUUCGUUGAAGACUUUUACGAGGUUCUUGGUCCCGAAUAUACCGCUGAAGCUGAGGAAGCCUUUGGUAUGAUCGACGCUGAUCUGAAUGGAGACAUUAGUCUUGACGAGAUGGUACUAAAGGUUGUUGAACUCGGCAAAGAACGCAAGGCCAUUAGUGAGGGAAUGAAGGAUAUUGGCCAAGCACUUCAGGCGUUUGACAAAGUCCUGCUCUUCAUUGUGCUCAUUGUCAGUAUCUUCAUCUUCCUGUGGGCAUUCCAAAGUGACUUCCUAAAGACUGUGGCGACUGCAGGAACGGCUUUGCUCUCACUGUCCUUCGUUUUUGCUACAACCACACAAGAAUUCCUCGGCUCUUGCAUCUUUCUUUUUGUCAAGCAUCCAUAUGAUGUCGGUGACCGCGUUGAGAUCAACAAGACUCAAAUGGUCGUCGAGCGCAUCUCCCUUUUGUACUCAGUCUUUGUUCGCACAGACAAGAUGCAAACUGUACAGGUUCCAAACAUUCAACUCAACAACCUCUGGGUCGACAACGUUACUCGAAGCAGGGCUAUGAUUGAAUGCUUUGAGGUCAACGUCUCAUACGAUACGUCGUUUGAGGACAUUGAAUUGCUCCGCGUGGAAAUGGAGAAAUUCGUCCGUGCCCCUGAGAACUCACGCGAUUUCCACCCUGAUUUCAAUAUCGGCGUCGGUAGCGUCAAUAACCUUGACAAGAUGACGCUCGAGUUCGUCAUCAAGCAUAAGUCAAACUGGCACAAUGACAGCAUUCGUGCUACCAGACGAUCCAAGUUUAUGUGCGCGUUGGCUUUGGCGCUCAAGAAAGUACCAAUCUAUGCUCCUGGUGGUGGAACAGAAACUCUUGGGGGACCAACCAACCCCACAUACUCCGUGGCUGUUACGGAUGCAUUUGCUAGUCAAAGUCGUGAGGAUGCUGCAAAGAGCAAGGAUUCCGCACGUAUGGUGCCUACAGCCAAGGAGCAAACAGCUAAGGAGCACCAACAGGCCGAAGAGCACGCAGUCUCUGAGCUCAACACUAGACCUCUCCAUGUUGAGACAACCCUUAGUGCGUGGGAUACGCGAGACUCGGAGCCGCAGAACUCACCUGGUGAUUUUGCUGCCGAGGACGAUCCUCUCCGUUCUCGUGAGAUCCAGCAAAUGCGCAAUGAUCUUCAUAAGAAAGAGAGUCAGCGUGGACGUCGCAAGGCUGGUGACACAAUCUCAGCUACUCCGGUAGAUGGUCGAUUCCCUAGCAAGUCAGGCGGGCCCCGACUCGGCACGUUUGAUGAGGAAGCUCAAACAGAGAUCCCUCUAUCACAACACUUCCGUGACCAGGUGUCGUCUCCAAUGGUAAUGACAGAAGAAGAGCAGCAGCAAGGUCGACCAUCCAUGUCCAGCGUCCGCCGUGCUGUGCACUGGCCUACCAAGACACGUUCGCGAUCUCCUCACAGACAGUAAGAAUGUCACAGGAGAAAGCUUUAGCAUAAUGAAGCAAA